CAAACCCAACGUCUCCCUCACACCACACUGUUUCAUUUAACUAUAACAACACUCAUCCCCCUCUCUCCAUUUUCCUAAGUUUUGCACUUUCUUCUCGUCUCAGCACCUCACACCCUUGUUUCUUUCUUCUCUUUCUUUCUCUCACAAAAACAAAACAAACCCCAACAACAACGCUUCUUCCAUUUUUAGCCACAACCCAAUCUACCAAAAACACACGUACGAGGAAACAGGCAGCAACAACGUUAUUUUUUGUUUUAGUUUUUGCUCUUGCUUUGUCCACGUCCGUUACGCAAAAAGGCUCUAAAUAGAGGCCAAUGAGAACGGAAAUGAGGUAAUGAUGAUUUGUGAGCAUUUAUAAGCCAUAAAACACCCUCCUUCCUUCGUUUUCGUAUAACAACGAUCGUUUCCCCUUCAUCUUCUCUCCCUCUAUUCCUCUGUUUUUACGUUCUUGUCCUUUUUAUUUUUUAUUUUGUUCUUUUCCUCUGUCCACGAGAAGAGUCUCGCGAGGUUGCUAUGUCUCCAAUCUCUCCACACGCUUCCCUGAAAUGGGUUUCUGUGUUUUCACGUUCGCACACACCCUCUUAAAGGUUUGAACAAACCGAGACAAAAAAAAAAAAAAAACAAGAAGAGAAACAAAUAAGCCAAAAUGGCAUCGUCCCAGGUUGAAAUCGCUUCUUCUUCGCCGUUUGGUUGCGUUUUGAGGGACCGCAAUCACCGCGAAGCAUGCAGCAGGGAAAGCAGCAACGUGAAGGGCACGCAUCAUCAUGCUACGUUCCAAAGAAACAUGAAGAACUUUGUGAUGGACCUUAACACGUGCAUGGUAGUGUCUUCUGAUUCGACAACAAAUAAAAAUGAAAACAACAGCAGCAGCAGCAACAACAACCAGCGGAAGGCUCCAAAAAACAGCCACCUAGAGAGGCUUCGUAUCACACCAGCCAACCCCUUUAUUAACAACAACAACAUCAACAACAAUGAAACCUCGUUGGCCUCGUUGAUCAGCCCGAGACACUCGCGGCUUCUCGAUCGAUGGGCCACGAGACAGGGUUGCCAGAUGGUGUCGAAUUUGGAGAAUGAGGCAGAGUUGUUGUCGAUGGACGACAAUGACAUGCUUCCAAGGACUUCUAGUUCCUCCGAGGAGGAGGACUCAUCCUCGGAGACUCAAAACCUGGGUGGUGCCUCUUCUCUUGUUCAGAUAUGGGAGAAGAGGCUGAACCAAUCCGGUGUCUCCAAACCCAAUACACCAAGGGAGAGGAUUGGUUCGACCUCUUCUUCCAUAAAUGAGAAUGCUAAUGCUUUCUCUUCGGAGAAUGCUAAUGCUCUCACUGGGGAGGAACAAUGCUUUGAUGGACCCUCAGGGAACGAAGAAUCUUUGUUCCCUGAUUGGGAAUCUAGUGAUCAUUCCCUUUCGCCAAGUGGCAGGUCGGAGAGGGACAGGGUCAGGGUUGCUGACAUCAUAAAGAAACUCACUGCUACAAACCCGAAUCAGAGUCCAACACCUUCCUUUGCUGAUGACAAUGAACAUGAAGGGUAUGGUAGCAGCGUGACAGGUUCUCCUUGUAGGGAGCGUGAAUGUGGUAAUCAACAACAACAACAACAACAUUCGGAGCAGAACCAGAGAGUUAAUUGUUCCUUGCGAAUUAGAGGGCGCCGGGCAUACAAUGAUUUGCUUGCACAGAUGAAGAAUGACAGGCAUGGGGAGCUUAACAACCUGGUAGAGCGUGGAGCAGUCUCCAAGUUCCCACAAAGAGGUCGCAUUCAGGCAUUGCUUCGACUUAAAUUAUUGCAACGUGGCACGGCAGCUAAUGAUUCGACCCGCCAGAAAUCAGCAGCAUCUGAAGUAAACAACAGACAGCCACAGGGAUCUGCAAUUAUGCAAUUAAGGGAAAGGUUUAGCAGUGGGGCUGAACUUAGAACUGCAGUCCUGGCAGAAGUAGCUAAUCCAAAAAGUCCUCAAAGGGGGACAGCAAACAAAACCACACAAUUGGAUAACUCUGCCACCACUGAUCAUCUGAGCAAAGACACAAGCAACAAUAAAGGUCAUGGCAAUGCCAAUCAUGCCACAGAAUCCACACAAAAGUCGGCGUCACAGACUAGAAUAGAUCAUAACACAGAAGAAGCUCAUCCAAGUUCAGAUGUCAAGGUCCAAGAAACACGUCCAAGUUCAGAUGUCAAGACUCCACACAAUGACUCACAAGAAACUACCGAGGCAAGUUCAUCCACGAUUGGUUCAAAUCUAAAUGAGAUAAUGGCAGAUAGGGCAGAGACGAGCAACCAACAGAAUGCUAUGGCUAAAAGCAGUAAUGAUGAGACAUUGGAUGAGGAAGUGGAAAGUUACCAGAAGUAUGCCGAAACCAGUUAUGAGGAGACAGUAGAAGAGGCAAGUAAUCACAACUGUGGUGAUGGGAUGGAGGAAGAGGUAGAGGAAAUUGAACAGAAUUGUUAUGAAACUAAUUAUGACUGGAUCAGUGAAAUUUCUAGGCCUAGGAGCUAUUGGGAAGAGCGCAGGCAAGCAUGGUAUAGAGAGAUGCUUGAAACUGGUUCUCAAAAUGAAGAUAUACGAAGGCUUCUUGAAAGAAGAACAGUGUCAAGUUUCCUUUCUAGUGACUUCAGGGAUAGAAUGGAUAGAUUGAUGGAAUCUCAUAGAGGAACACAAACACAUCUAGUCAGUAGUCAAGACCGUGAGGAAGAUAGUCAUGGAUUGAUGGCAUUUUUACAAGAACGCUUGCAUUCUACAAUAGCUUCUCAAGAUGGAAGACAUGCGAGGGAGGAAGAAGAGGAGGAGAGUAGAAAUCAAAAUGAGGAAGAGGAAGAAGAAGAGGAGGAGGAUAAUGCAGAUGAGCAGGAGCAGGAGCAUGAGGAGGAGAGCUUGAUAAGUGGUUUGUAUCAUGAAGCUGGCGAUUAUUCUAAUGGAUCCUCAUCAUGGAGUUACAGGGACAUCGAAGCUGGUUAUGAUUUCGAUAGAGUUGUUUCUACAUCCCCACAACCUUAUCAAUCUCAAUCUUUCUAUCCAGAAAGUCGGCACUCUCCAUCCACCAAUCAUCAUUCAAUUGAAAUGGAACUCAUAUAUGAUUUGAGAGGGCAUAUGGAGCUACUUUAUAAUGAGAUAUCUGAGCUAAGGAAAUCAAUAAAGGGCUGCAUGGAAAUGCAGAUAGAAUUACAACAAUCCAUGAAACAAGAGGUUCAAACAGUUAAAAAAGAAGAAAAGAAGUCCAAUAACAGGACUCCAAAGAAAGGCAACUGCUGCAUUUGCUAUGAGAUGAAAGUUGACUCAGUUUUGUACAGGUGUGGACACAUGUGUACAUGUCUCAAGUGUGCCAACGAGUUGCAAUGGAACAGUGGAAAAUGUCCUAUAUGUCGUGCUAAAAUAGAGGAUGUUGUUCGCGUAUAUGUUGACGGUUAGCCUGUCACAGCGGACAGAAUCUCACUCCAGAGGACUAUGCUUAGUCCUGAAACUUAGUAAACUGCUACAAUUAACACCAUACACCACAAAUGACUUUCUCCUUUUUCACAUAUAUUUUCAUCAAGUAUAUGAUUUUUUGAGGAGAAAUUCGUUUGAUAACAUUGUACAUUUGAUAGUUUUAAAUUUAACCUUUUUUUUCCA